CAAUCUUUCUCCAACCGCCACCAAACCUUCAACCGCCACCAAACCUUCAACCGCCACCAAACCUUCAACGCGCGCCACCUCUUGAGCCAACAUGCAUGAAAGAUGCCAUUGAAGGCAGCGUCGGUCUCAAACCAAGUUGUUAGGAAACGCAAAAGAAAGGCGCAGGAUGAACAUGCAGAACAUGCUUCUGAAUUGCAAACACCAGCACCUGAGGGCGUUGGCUCUGACGACUUGAACGGCACCGCGAACAAAAGCACGACGACUACGACUGUUCCCACAAAGACUCACGAUGGAGGCAAGAAGUCGCGAAGAACGACAAAUGCGAAGAAACCUGCUCUAGUUCGCCGCGCCUCAUCGACAUUAGUCGAAACAUCGAUACCAUGGCCGGAACACUUCACAAAGCUACGACAGGUGCAUCGCGCACUCAACCUCGUAUACACCUUCUGCUGCACGCGCAAGCAGCUCGCCACGACCCUACAUAAUCUGAAAACGGCCGUUGAAGGACACAUCAAGCGCGAGUUGCUCAUCGAAGAUGUGGCCCAGAUUACGGCCUUGAUUCCACGAGCGAUCAACUUCGCAUAUGUUGACGAGGCUAUGCUGCAGAUCAACCUCAUGGGCCAAGAGGAUAACAUGAAGGGGAGAAGAGCGCAAGACAUUCUCAUUAUGCAGCCUGAACCGGACAAGGGCGAGCACAGGGAGGUGUUGCUGUUCGAGUUUAUCGAUGGAGACUUGAAGCGUCAGGUGCAGCACGCGAAGACUGGCGAGCCAACAAAAGCGACUCAAAGGCUGCGCCACGAGGAACUGAAGAUGCCUGUCUUCAGCCAGAAGCAGAUGAUGAACCUCAUCGAGAAGCGCAACGUCAAAUUUACCUCGGCUGUCAACGCCUUCCUGAAUCAAUGUGCGGAAGAGAGUCGCGACGCGGUUGAGAAGAUCAAAGAGAUGUCCUUGGCAUUCAUACCCCAGCCCACAGAAAGCCGAGACUCAACACCAGGCCCCCAAUCAUCAAGACUACCAGCUUCUAUACCGACCGAGAGGAAGAGCAUUCCGGAUAUAGUGGACGAGAUAAAGACACUCGACUGGUACUCUGGACAGAUUGUGCCAGAUGGUCAUCGAGUGUUCGAUCCACAGCCUCCCAUAUAUGGCGACCUCAACUUCGCAAUGUCUCAGAACCUUGUCAACGCGUUGUACAACAGGAGUAACAUCACGCAGUUGUACGCACACCAGGCUGAGGCAAUCAACAAUCUCUACGUAGGGAACAACGUGAUUGUAUCAACUUCAACCAGCUCAGGUAAAUCGCUGAUCUAUCAGAUCCCCGUUCUGCAUCAGCUCGAACAGGAACCGGAGACACGAGCGAUGUACAUCUUCCCCACAAAGGCAUUGGCACAAGAUCAAAGAAAGAGCAUGAAAGAGCUGCUACGAUUUAUGGACGGCAUGCAAGACAUCAUUGUGGAGACCUUCGACGGAGAUACAGCCAUGUCAGACCGUGACUACAUUCGAGAUGAAGGCCGAAUCAUCUUCACGAAUCCGGAUAUGCUACACUUGACGGUCUUACCACAAGAGGAGGCAUGGCGAACAUUCCUACAGAACCUCCGUUUCGUGGUUGUAGAUGAGUUGCAUGUCUACAACGGCCUCUUCGGAGCUCAUGUUGCAAUGAUCAUGCGACGACUGCGCAGAAUAUGCGCAGCGCUGGGUAAUCGACAUAUCAAGUUCAUCUCUUGCUCGGCUACAGUCGCGAAUCCAGAAGCUCACAUGAAGACCAUCUUUGGUGUUGAGAAAGUCAAACUGACUGACUUCGAUGGCUCACCUUCUGGUCGAAAGGAGUUUCUAUGCUGGAACACACCAUUCAAAGACCCAGGAGAUCCUACAUCAGGUCGAGGCGAUUGCAAUGCGGAGACUGCAAAGCUAUUCUGCCAACUAAUUUUGAGGGGCGUCAGGGUCAUUGCCUUUUGUCGAGUUCGAAAGCAGUGCGAGGCUCUGCAGGUUGCGAUCAAGACAGAGCUGACCAAUCUCGACCGGACAGAGGUUGUUGGACGAGUGAUGUCUUAUAGAGGUGGAUAUACAUCACAAGACAGGCGACAGAUUGAGCGAGAGAUGUUCGACGGCAAGCUGCUGGGCGUCGUAGCAACCACCGCUCUGGAGCUUGGUGUCGAUAUUGGAUCGUUAGACUGUGUACUUACAGUUGGGUUUCCCUAUACCAUCGCGAACCUUCGUCAACAAAGCGGACGUGCAGGGAGGCGAAACAAGGACUCCCUGUCAGUGCUAGUGGGUGACUGCUUUCCAACAGACCAGUACUAUAUGCAGAAUCCGGAUGAGAUCUUUACGAAACCGAACUGCGAACUCCAGGUUGAUUUGGAGAAUAUGCUAGUUCUUGAAGGCCACGUCCAGUGUGCCGCAUAUGAGAUGCCCAUCACUAUUGAGGCGGAUACAGCGUACUUUGGCCCAUUGCUGCCCAAGAUUGCGAAAGAGCGCAUGCGGAGAGAUGCCAACGACUUCUAUCAUUGCAAUGAACGCUUCUUGCCCCAACCAUCUCGCUCGGUGGCUAUUCGAGAUACUGAAGACACCCACUUCGCUAUCAUCGAUGUCACUCAGGGAAAAAACACGGUCUUAGAGGAGCUGGAAGCUUCACGUGCGUUCUUCACGAUUUAUGAUGGUGGCAUCUUCUUGCACCAGGGUAAUACAUAUCUGGUCAAGGAGUUCAGUCAGGAGCGAAUGAUUGCCAAGGUGGAGUAUGUGAAGGUCGACUGGACCACGCAACAGCGUGACUACACCGACAUUGAUCCCGUGGAGACAGAGGCUAUUCGCAGAAUCCCCGGUUCACGAUCCAAAGCCUUCUUCGGUCCCAUCAAAAUCCAGCAAGUCGUCUACGGCUUCUUCAAGAUCGACAAGAAGCGUCGCAUCCUCGAUGCUGUGCAAGUUGACAACCCACCAAUCAUCCUUUUCUCGAAAGGCAUGUGGCUCGACGUACCGAAAUCCGCCAUGGACGUUCUCAAAUCUCGCAGACUCAACAUCGCCGCCGGCAUCCACGCAGCCGAACACUCUGUCCUAUCCCUAAUGCCCAACUACGUUAUCAGCAUGCCCGGCGACGUACGCACAGAAUGCAAAUUCGCCAUGAAAGAGUUCGCUAAGAAAGAAACACAACGCAAACGUCCCGCGCGACUGACCUUCUACGACGCAAAAGGAGGUGCAAGCGGAAGCGGCAUAUCCACCAAAGCCUUUGAGCACGUCGACUCGCUACUCGCGCAGGCGUGCCAACGCCUUCAGACGUGCCAUUGUCUGGAGGGAUGUCUUGAGUGCUGCAAUGACGAUCGAUGUAAACACGCCAACCAGGUCAUGAGUAAGGCUGGCGCUAUGGUCAUUGUUAUGUGCUUGUUGGGCCGAGAGAAAGAAAUUGAUCUUGAUGCACUGCCCUGGGGUGAGGAAGAUACUGUGCAGGCAGGUAUCGAGACUGUUGUCGAGGCGGAGACGAUCAGGAUGGCCAGAGGGAAGGUGGUUGAUGGUGUGCUUAUCAAGGAAGAGGAAGAUGAUGAGGAUCAUUUUGCUAGGAGUAUCCAUAUGUUUGGGGGUGAGAGGACGUUCAUUGGUGUGCAUAAACAGCAGCCGGUCUUGGGGAAAGCGGGAAAGUCGUAUGGCUCGUGGGUUUGAUUCAUAUGUGUACAGUGUUACAAGGCUUCUACAAGAUGCAUGUUUUCUCUAUUGACUCGUAUACUUAUUGCUCAAGGCAUGUUCGGGUUUGGCACCCCCUUGCCUAGCUUGAAGUGACCGGGCAUCAGGUUUAUAAACACAAACGUAGGAUCGUACGUCGCUGACACUGCCUUCAGCUUCUUGACAUUGGCCGCUCCGUAGCUGUUGAUCGGAUCUUCGAACUGCGAAGCAUAGUUCAUGUAGAUGUAAUCGUU